AUGGACCGAGUGUACCCUGGGCACAACUGUCCUCCUUAUCAACCAAAAUGGCGGUGGAAUAACAAUCAGCGAGGUGGAAACAUGGAAAAGAAGGAUUCAGAUUAUCAUGAUAAUUUCUUUGCGAGUUUGAACCAACUCAUACUAAGCUUAGAGCCUGCCAUAAAGGAAGCAGGAUCGGUCUCCGCAGCGGAAGACAUUUUAGCGCACUUGGAGGCAACAGACGAAAAUUUCCACAGGUUUGAACCCAAAUACUCUAAUCAAGCUGCUGUGUUCGUUCUCAGUUCAUCCUACUAGUAUUUUGUAUCGUAGAAUGGAUUUUACUAACAAGAAUGAAGUAGAACUUGUGCAGUCUUAACUGAUAGCGUUUGAUAAAUUUUGAGUCUAUCUUCCUUUUUUCAAACACAUCCAUUAAAAAUUACGGUUUUGACCAAAUUGCGGGAAAACACUGCUGUAUCUUGUCAGUUUAAAAAACGAAAUUGUGAAAAUAUCUCUUAAAAUAAAACUAAAUUUUGAGUUUUCUGUUUGGUAGGAUGUUAACAGACCUGAAUUUUUUUUAUGCAAACGAAAGAAUAAAGGUGUCUGCCAGAUUUUUAAUAUUGAUAGACAAAUCGCCUUGUGCGUGGUGGAAAAGUGUGAGAAUUUUAGUCUAAAAAUUGAUACAUGGCUGAUUAGCUGACUGACUGACCAAUCGGCCGACUGACUUAUUUAAAAACUAUGAGACUGACUGAAUUAUUAAAAUGAAUGUUUAAAUUUUAUUGAUUGAUUUAAUGAUUGAAAGGUUGGUUGAAUAUUUAAUGCUAGAACCUUUUCUGACUUGUAUGUUGUUGUUAUUAGAUAUGACUUUGUGCGUCAACUAAGGAGUCGUAUUGACACAACUCUAACACCACUCAUUGACAAGAAAUUGGAACAACUGACUGGCAGGGAGGGGGACAGGAACAAUUCAGUGCCAACCAUAACUGAGGAGAUUAUAGCCUCACCUGAGUAAGUUACACAAAGAAAUGUAGACAGAAAGAAGAAAAACAACUGUUUAAACUAGUGUAUUGAAUAUGGAAAAGAAUCAACAUAUAAAUUUCCAAAGCUAAACCAAGAUAUUUAAAAUUUCCAGUGUGUCAAUCAGUAAAACCAAAUUAGCACAACAUCCGACCAGUGCAAAGAAGAAUUUUAUGAUGAAUAAGUGGUUACACAUAGUAAACCAAGUAAACAGCUGUUGGAGCAUGAAAAUGCAAAUUAUGAAGAGAGAGUGUUGUGACUUACUGGAUCAAUCUUUACACAGGGCAGCUCUGCAAACCCACUGUUAUACCCAAUAAAAUUUGACUAUCAGUUAAGAAUUUGCCUAAAAUAUACAAACAAAUCUUGUAUACAUGGGGACAUGAAUUGCUAAUCAUAUGUAGAGUUUUCUUUGAUUAAUUGACCAAUUUAUAUCCCUUGAGAUGGCAAUGUGUUUUAAUUGUUAUACAACUUAUGUGUUACAGGUUUGUUAACCUUCAGCAGUCAAUUUUAGCUGAUACAAAAGAUGCAGUUAAUGCUUUGGUGAGAAAAACUUCAGUGUUCUUGAUAGCCAUUUAAUUGUUUACAAAAAGUAUAAACAUUUAAUAGUUUAUAAUAAGUAUUUUGUACAUUUUCUUAAAUUAGACCUUAAUGUUACUUUUUAGAUUCAAAGUUUCUCUCAAAAUCCUGGCCUUCGUCCGUCUGACUAUGAACUCACAGAAAACAGAGGCAGACUCCAACCUUUUAGAUUAUCACUGGAUUCCAGUGAUGAAGAUUCAUCUAUGUCUUCCUCUUUUGGACAGGUAUGUUUUCCAGACUUAAUCCUUUGAAUCCUAAAAUCAGAUCAUUAAUUCUCUCUUCAAGCUGCUCCACAUUUCCUUGUAAACUAGUAACGAGAAUUUGGUGGAAGAUCACAUAUUCUACCAGUUAAGUUUCAUUGAUCUAAUUUUCUUUUGUCUGGAUAAUGAAUGGAUAUUAUAGGGAGAAAUAACAUGUUUAUCAACUCUGGGAGUUAAAGGGUUAAGUAGGUGAAUAUUGUAAAAUAUUCCACUUGACUUUCUCUUUGGGAUUCUGCAUUUGAAUGUGAUAGUUUUGGUGUAUCUCUUGUUUUACUUUAGGCUGGGUACAUGUUUAACAUGUCACCUGAGAAAUUCACUGAAAUUGCAGAGAAUUUAGAUCCAGAUAAACCUCUUCAUGUGAGUAGAAUUUUGUGUGUUUAUAAUCCUUUUAUGUUCUUACCUGAUAAAUUAAACACUUGUCUGGAAUUUAGAAUACUUCCAAAGCUUUAUGUUAACACAUGAUUAAGAGAAAUUUCAGUUUCACAAGGAAACUUUAGAAAGACAUGUUACAGAGUCACUUACACCAUCAUCAGAUUUAUGUAUUGAGAUGUUGCUUUUGUUUUUACAUGUUACAUGCAAUUAUAUUGUAAUUUUAAAUUGAGUCAUAAUAUUAUUUUGAAACUAGUACUGUUAAAUUAGUUGAAGUAAACAAUAGUGUAUAUGAAUCUAACACUGGGAAAGCAAAUAAAAAACAUUAAAUAUAUAUAUAUAUAUGGAAACAAAAUAUAUUGAUUAUGUUGCAAUCAAGCAUUCUGCUCAGGUUGCAAGCAGCCAUUAUUACACUCUCUCCUUCAAUUUUAGUCAAUGAGUUGUUUUGGCUGAGCCUAGAAUCUAAGGCACUCAGCUGAACAUUUUUGCUUACAACCUAGAAAAUUACACAAGUGCUUUUUAACGUGAGAAUUUUUGUUUGACAGUUAUAAUUUGCUUCCAAAUCUAUUUACAGGUACGGAUAAAUGCAUUAAGCACACUCUACCAGUUUCCAUUGUCAGAUGAACUCACUAGUAAAAACUCAGAAGGAAUUAGAAAAGGUCUAUUGGCUGCAUUAGCUGAUGAGGAUGAACAGCUAGCAGUAUGUGAAUUCCUCAUUUAAUUUUACUACCUUGCGUUCUGAACCAUUAAUAACUUUUCUUUCUUUAAAAUAAAUUGAUUUAAUUUUCCUACAGGAAAAAAGUCUUAAGUUUCAUGCCAGGAUGUUCAUGGCCUCAUCUGCUCAUGUCACAAAGGAGAUCUACACUUGCUUAGGUCAGAAUUGUUACUGAAAAAAGUGUCAUGAUUUUUGUUUGCACUCUUUUGCUUAAUGCUUUGAAUAGAGUGGCUGUGAAUAAUUAUCCAUAAGAACUGAACUGUGUAUGGUCUCAUAAACAAAGACGAUUCUCCUAAAGCAAUAAUUUUUUUCACUCUUCUUUCAGCUGAGCACCUGGAGUCUUACUUUAGCGAUACUCAUCGUCAUCGUCUAAACAUUGAAAAUGGUCUAGAUGUGUCAACAAGAAAUAACCAGCGAUUGCUUAAAAGGGUUUGUUUUCCUUUUUUGAUCAUGGUUUAACAGCUGAUAAUAUACAAGACUACACAGCAAUUUUUUACAUGUUGUACAUCAUAAAAGAAAUUAAAACAUAUGUGUUCCUCUGAGAUUACUGUACCUGGCUUACUAACUUUGUUUUUUUCUUUCGGUUACAGUUUAGGCUGCUGAAUGAAUUUCAGCAUGAAGUUGCCUCUUUUUGGAUCAGAUAUCCUGAAUGGUAUGUUAUUUACCUAAUUGUAUGCAGUGCUAACUUGUAAGUGAUAGAUUACUCUGGCUAGGUGCCUAAGAGAGGUGCCCAGGAGAUAGCCCCAUAUUCUUCUUGGAUACUGUCCCACUGAAGAAGAUCAAGGAUACUUACUAAACCCCCCCAAUGAUCUGUACCACAUGGGAGGGUAUGAAGAGGAAAUAGCCUUGUAAAGUUGGUGGGGAAACCUGAGAGUAACCAAAACAAAAGUAUUGAUACAUACUCAGCAGGAAAACAAACCCACCAGUCCUGAAAACAUCAGUAUGUCAAUGUCCAAGCACAUGUUGGACUUCAAGUGCUCCUUGUUAGCAUAGGUUGGACACUUAUCUUUACCAAGAUUUCUCUAAUCCCCUGUUAAUUUAUUGCAGGUUUCUUGAGUCAGUCCUUGGUAGUACUUUUAAUCUAUUCUCCGCUAGUUCUGAUCCAGAGUUUGGUGCUUCUGUGCUGCAGUACAUGACACCUUUGCAUUGUCUUGCCCUAGUUGAUCCAAAGGCUACCUGGUUUAAAAAAUGGAUGGUGAGUUAAUAUGCUGCUUGGAAUCAAACUGACUGUAGUUUGAAUCAUGGUGAUAUGUAUACAAGAUAGGGUUUGAGAUUAUGACAGGGUUUGAGGGAGAUAUAAUGAUGUAGCCUGCAGAGCAGGCAUAAUUUUGGCGAGCAAGUGCUCAGUAUUUUCUUAAUUAAAAAUUAUGGCUGCCAUCUUUGAUUUUAAUGGAAGUGGCAGGCAAGGGAGGUAAAAAAUAAGGAGAGGGGCAGGAGUGGGGGAGUGAAGAUAAUGCCCUUCCCCUGUCUCCUACCCCCACAGUGUCCACUCUAACUCCAAAUCAAACAUGGCAGGUUGGAUAAAUAAUUGCAAGCUUGUAACAUUAGCUCACCCUAACAAGACACCUGUAGAGCAGGCUAAUAAUGAUGAGGAGCUUGAGGGGGUAGGGAGAGGGACAGACCAACCCUGUGUGCCCACUUGCUUGUUGUUGUAGAAGAUUAUUAAUGAUAAUGACUUCGUUUAUUCCACCAUUGUAAAGAAAUUUAGAAGAAACUACUUUGACUACAUUAUGUGUAAAUUCACACCUGAUAGUUUUAAAACUGACAGAAUGUUCUAGUUUUUAUUAAUGUGAUUUUAAGUUCUAUGUGAUCUUAUAAUAUCCUUAGUAUCUUGUUAUUUUAGUAUUUUAAAUGUCUGUUAUUAGAAAUAUUGUAAUUCAGUUUCUUAGAGCCUUAAGGGAGAAUACAGUCUUGACUACAAUUGUGCACCCUAUUGGAAUAUUCUUGCCUAACCACAGAAAAAAGGAAAAACUGUAGACAUACUACAACAUGCAAUCAGUCUUGUACAUCACCAUGAGUGUCUAAUUGAUCACUGAUUACAACUGCUUAUUUCUUAGCAUGGUAAUUACAGUAGAACAGUCGCCAUCAGGGAAGUGAAGAAGCACCCCUCUUUGGUAAGUGAGAAAACAGUGAAGGUAAUUUAGGUGUUAUCGAUUUCCUAAUUCUUAUGUUAUGGAGGUCUUUGUUUUUGUUUCAUUUUGUGACUAUAUUUUUUUAUAUAUGUAGUGUAAUACCAACUAACCAAGACAGUGACUAAUUUUUGUUACUUGUUUUUUAGUUAGUAGAUGCCAUAAGCCACUGUAUUGACUUCUCUAGGACAUGUAAAACCCUUCAAUCCUUGGAAAUGAUGGAGCUUAAUGAACAGCAAAGAGGUGAAUUGGUUGUUUUCAUCAAAGUUUCCCCCUUUCGUGGCAUAUUUUGUUUAUUAGAGUGUUGGUUCAAGCUGGUGUACCCAAGCAAUGUUUUUUAACUUUUAAGCAACUUCUACUUUCUUUUAAAAACCCUGAACAUGGUGUUUACUUUUGAAAGUGAUAGGCUGUGAGAUGGGUUAGACCUGUAUCAAUCUGGGAACCUGCUUCUGUUUUUUAAAGGACUACAGACAGUACCUGCAGUCACGUACAGGUUUCUCAGUCAGAAACAUAUCAGAAGAUGACUGCCCAUUAACAAGAGAAUAUGUUAUGUGGCACCUUUAAGUCAGAAUAGUAAACAGCAUAGGCUGUCAAAUUUGGGUGAAGAAUCUGUGCAGCAACUGCCAAAUUCUUCCAUAUCAGCUUCCCACUGAAGUGGUCCACCAGAUCAGUCCAUUCAUUCAGAAAAUUGUACUAUUUAUCAGAGCUUUCCCACCAAAUUAGUCUAUUGCUGAAUGUUGUUCACUUGUACAAAGCUCAAGGUCAAAAUCUCAAAUAAAGGUCCCAAUUUGUUUUACAAUCAACUUACCUGUGGGUCGUCAGUUCUGAAUGAUGAUGGUCAGCAGCUGUAGAGAAAUGUGCCAAUAAAACAAGGAUGAGAUGCAGAGGAAAGGGGCUCAAUGGCACAAUUUUUAACAUGAUAAUCAUGGAUACUCUGGUGAUUUUUACACAGAUGAUGACAGUGAUGGGUUGUUUUAUACUUCACAAGACCUUGAGUAUAUAUACUUUGUUCACUCUCUUUGUCUUUUGGGAAGAGUUCUUCUCUACAGUGGUGGCAGAGCAUUGUUUCCUGUCAUACUGCCAGAUACAGAUGGUAGGAUACACUAUAUACUCUUAUUAUUUAUUGGUAAAUUUGCUCAACAAAGAGUUCUAAAUUAGUAUUUGUUCAAUAUUUCUCCACAAAAAUUUUUUUUUAGGUCAAUAUAGACCAAACCAUGGCAUUUCCACCAAGGAAAUUUGUUUUUUCACAAUAUUUUUGUCAAAUAUUUCCAGUUGAUUUGAAGGAAGGGCUUCAAAACCAGAACUUGUACCUUUGACAUGUGGAACCACGCUUUUGUUUCCUUCAACAAAAAAAUGUUAGCUUUUUUAGUUGUAAUGAAUCUGAUGAAUAUUUUAAUGUUUGCUAAAUUUCUUAUUGACCUCUUGUCAGGGAGAACUGAAACUAAAACUGAACUUCUUUUUUUAACUUUAUUUUUCUUUGUAUUUCAGAAACAGUAACAAUCUCAAGUUUGUUAGUGGCAUUGAUAAGAAUCAUGUGUACAGCUCUGCCAAACUCUAAUGAAAAGACUGUAUUAGAUGGUAAGACCAAUUUACUUUAUCUGGGCGAAUUGUUCUUCUUGAAUGAGCUCUUAUUUUAUGUGUCAACGUUAGAUUUUGCUCUUCUUUAAAUCCCCACUACAGUUCAGUUUCAUCCUGGUUACCUGGUUUGUGAUGUGCUGAAGAAGCUUGCCAGUUGUACUAAUGCCAGUAAAGAGUGUCUCUGUAAAGUCAGUAUAUUUCGAAUUUUUUUUACUCCAUCUAGUGUUUCUAGCUUAAUUUGUGGGUGACAGUGUCAAUUGCGAUCAUUUUGCGGAUUUCUUUGCAAUGGUUUUUGCUGAAGCACUAUGUCUCGGGGUAAUGAGUUUGGAAAGAGGCUGUUACUUCACUGAAAAUAAGAAAAAGAAAAUAUUUUGCGUCCUUCCCUCUUAGAUCAACUUGUCCAAUAAAGUGGCAAUCAAUUAAAAAAUUAAAAUGUCCUGUAAUCUGUAAUUUAAGUUUUUUGUUUGUUUGUUUGUUUUACAGGAUGUAAUAACAACCAGUCUUUUGUCGCCUGUACAGGCCUGGCUUGACGUAAGUGAAAAAAAGAAGCUAGUUGAAGACAUUACUUUCCAUAAAACAGAUUUCUUGAUUUCUGAAAAGAAAAGUGCAUUUGUGUUGUUUUGUAUAUCAGGGCAUAGACAGUUGUGAUAGUGCCGAUGCUGAGAACACUCUGCUGUUUGUAGCUGAUGUUUUAGCCACUUUAGCUGCCUCAGAAACUGGUCAAAGACAGCUGCUGUAUGGAGAGGCACAAGACAGAUGGCAGAGAAGCAGGUAAUAUUUAUUGCCCUUUUCAAAGCGGAUUGUUGCAAGAGAUUUAACUGAUGAAACAAGGGAUUAAUUCCGACGAUGGAGAGCGCUGAAGCGAUGAUGAGCGCGACAAUUCGCCUUUGCACCGCUGAUCUUGUUCCGCCAAUCAGGUUGGCUGGGUACGCGGCACCAUAUGAGCGAGGAAAAAUGUUGCGCUGUGAUUGGCUGAUUUUCAACAGCAAUAAUCACCACCAACAGCUGGUGCAUUUUGGUCCUUGCUGUUUUGUUGAGCUGUGCUUACAGAGGAGCGACAUGCUCCAGAGGGUCUUGCACUAACUAUAUUUAAUGAUAUACAUUAGAACUGACUUCAUUGUGAGUCAAACUUAUUACAACAAGGUCUUUUUUCCAUAUUGAACUUGUUAAAAGUAAAAAACCUCUGAUAGUUGUCUUUUACAUGAUAAAUUUUAUUACUCGAGUCCUUUUAAAAGUUCGGUAUAUUUAAUUUGUUGUAGGAUGAUCCUUUCGAAAAGCUUUUGUGCUUUUAACAUUUUAUGACAUCUUAUUCCAAGUGCAUUGCAAUGUAGUGUCAUGUAAAAUUAAACAGUUCUAAAACUAUUGAGUCACAAGAUAGCGGAACUUGACCUUUAGCAGUAAUAUUUUUGUCCUCAAUGAACUGAAACCUUGUGUUACAACCUGACUCAAAAGAAAAUUUUCUUAUUAAGAUUUUACUUUCCACUUACACCGCGUCCAGGUUUUCUCCAGCUCACACCAUAGCGAAGUUUGCCAAAAAAGCCUUGUUACAAAGACUUCCUGGCGGAACACCGCCCAAAACGGCGAUUUCUGGCUUCGUAUUCGUCUGUCGUCAACUUUACAGCACGUGUGAUGGACUUAUGGUGCUCAAUCCUUAUGAACUUCAUCAGUGUGUAGCGAACGCCUGGAUUAAGGUGAAUGUGUCUUGUCAGAAAGUCGGUUGGCUCAGAUAGUCAGAUGUUUUCUGGAGCAUCAGAUGCAAGUCAAUGCCGUGUGUUUUGAAAUAGUUUUCCUUAAGUUUCUCUGGGACCGUAACUGAAUGUUUUCCUAGGACAUAUUCAUUCUAGUUCUGUGUCUUUUGUGGGUCAGCGUAUACUUAAGACGUCGCUGAAGUGUGGAAAACGCUACAACUUUGUCUCGAGUGUUCCUUGGAAAUGUUCACAGUGCUUAUUCUGCUAGCGCUGAAAUUAUUACUAGCGAACUGUCGGGAAGGACAUAACCCUAUAACAAUUUUCACAUGAACUUAGGUAGGCUUGUGCUAAAACGCUUUGUUCUGAUUUUUUUCAGGUACACGAGCCAGAAUCCCCAACUGAGGCAGAAUUAGCUUCUGACGAAACACAGCAGGAUUUCAUUCAAGACGAGGAAAUGUAAGAGCUCACACGAUUUUUGUAUUUCUUUUCGUUGCCCAGCUCGUUUUUCUUCGCGUUGAGAAGUUCAAUUUUUGGUAAUUUCAUUUCAGACUUGUGUGGGAAAGUUCGCUGGUUGACAAUCUGUUAAAUUUUGCCGGUACACCGAAAGGAUUGCUACUUCUUCAACAAACUGGAAAAAUGAAUGAAUGUGUGGCGUUUAUGAAUGAACGAUACAACAAGAAACUGCAGGUAUAAAAAAGGUUCUUAAAGAAAAAAAAGGUCUUUUCCCCAACUUUGACCGUCAAAUAUGUUACAAAGUCAACAAACUGAAAUAUGUCAACAAACAUGUUCUCAAUCUUAAAUCUCCUAUACCACUGAGGCCAGUGAUAACAGUGUAGUCUACGUCUUUAAAGACUUUGUCGUUGCCUGUGCUUUUAAAGCAAAAGUAAGGAUACACUUACUUUACAAGGUCUUGAUAAGCUUAUGCUAACGAACUCUACAGUCUGAAGUGAAGACAUUGCAUGAAAUAAUUUACAUAUGCUUAUACUUGUGAAUAAUUCCCUGUUCGCACCAAUUUAAUCAAGUUUUAUUAAAGGUAAGUUACAUGCGUAUUGCGCGUGUACGUCACAUGUUUUAUGGUAUAUUUACGUACAUUUUUUACGCCUGUAAUGUAAAAAUUUAACAGCCCUUUUCUGUGUUCCAUGGUUACCAGUUGUCAUCUUUUUUUGACUUGAUGAUAACGUUAAGGUACCAUGGAAAAGUCAUCGACCUUUUAAUUCAGCUAUUUCAGCUUUUUAUAAUGUUCUUUAUCGAGAAUCUUUUUCAGUUCGCAGUUUAUAGUAGAUAAAUACUGUGUUAAAAGACCCUUAUAUCCGCUUGUUAAAGCUAUGAAACCAUAUGCUCUACUUACGCGGCGUCUUUCAAAACUCUUGUACAGUCGAACCCGUAUCAAGCGGUGACCCUGUAUUAAGCGGUCGGUUUUCAAACUCCCCAAUUUUUUCCACUUAAUGACUGUAUUAAGAGGUCACGUCUAUUAAGCGGUCGCGGUCACCCUUUACUAAGUACUGUUUGUAUUGUUCUCCACCGAAAUCAGUCAAAUGAAACUACAAAUAAUCUUUCAAGUCAAACUUAAUCCAUGCUUAUCACCCAAAAUCAAUGUGAUUGGUAUUUUUGAGCGAAUUUUUGUAAAUUAGUGGGCAAUUGUGGCAAAACAUGACUUUUUUUAUGAUACUCCUAUUCUUUAGCACCUGUAAUAAGCGGCCACCCCGUUAUUCCCCACAGGUGAUCGCUUAAUACAAGUUCGACUGUUUUAAUUGUUUAGGUUAGUAAGUGCGAAAAGUUUGGUUAUGGGCUGAUGGUGACACAGAUAGCUGCUACUGCGCCUGGCAUGGUUGCACUGGAAAAUAGGGGUAAGUAGAAAGAAAAGUUGCAGUUACGUCGAUGCAACAGCUCCACUCUUUUCAGUAUCACCAUAAAGUGGCGGAGAAUAUAUCAGUCCUUUUUCCCCAUUUUAAUUGGCACUCUUUUCUUCGUUUCAAGACUAAUUUUCUUUGGAUUGUAAAGAUGUGUCAGUGAUCGAAACAAAGAUGGAUAAAUCUUCAUUUGUUGUAGUUCAUUUCUAAAUUUUUGUUAAUCCGGUCAUAAGCGCCCUCCGAUAUAACCACCUCCGUUUAAGCCAAGCUUAAACCCCAGACGAAGUUGCAUAAGACAAGCGCUUGUAAGCUGAAGUUAGUCAUGAAUCUGUCGCAUAUCAGAGGGGAGGGUCACGUGUACUCAUUGACCUUCCCCCUCCUCCCUCCUUACGCCAUGCUCUUAGCCAACUGAUUUUUUUUUGUUUGUUUUGACAUGAUAUCCAACUCGUCUUUCACCUCUAAAGUUUUCGUCUUCUUGAAGAGACAUGUUUUUCCUGUCGAAGUUCUUUCAUGUUUUCGUCGUAACUAUAACCAGUUGCAAAAAUGUUGUGACAUCUUGAGCAAAAAGUGCAUUGACCGACUUCAUUAGGAAGUCGACAAGAAAUUUAGUGCAAAAAACCAAAAGUCAUCCCCCUUCCCCAAUUCAAUCUCGUUCAUCGGUUUUGUACGUGAUACUGCUUAGCUAUAUCAACAUUGCAGAGGGUGGAGUGGGGGAUACAUUAUGUUGCAUCACACGGUGAACAGUUAUCUCUUGUCGUGGUAACAUAUCUCAACUACUUUUGCAACUUUUUGUAGCAUUGGAAAUUUUGGGAGUCUCUCAAGGAAAACGCCUUAAAGAAAAAGCUUACCCCUUUGCCCACCAUAUCGUUGUUUCGCACCCCAAUUAUUGUACCACAGUAACAUUUGUUGUUUCACUCGUGAUCUCAUCAGGUUUCCUGAAGCGAAUGGUACUUGACAUUUGGACAGUAUUUGAAGGAGCUCAGGACAGAAAACCUGCUCCACCAAGUAUUAAACAUGUGGAUAGCAUUGAUAGCAGAACCUACAACAAGGUUUGACUGUCACAACAUGAUUCCCUCGAUAUGUCAUGGAUCCGGCAUUGUUUUGUUUGUCUAAAAGGUUUGGUGUUUUUGCCUCCUUUUUGUAGUCCAUGAACAAUCUGUUGAGCGUUUUAUCAGCGUUUCCUGCUGUAUACGAGGUUCUCGCAGACGCUUACCGCCCAUCCACCUCUGGUUCAGAGAUCGAGGAAGCCGUGACAAAUAGAGAAGCUUUCUCUGCUCCUGUCAGUAUUAUGGUGAGUAGAGCACUUUACAUUUUGAAUACAGGGCGGUGAGUGAUAGGUGUGUAGGACUUAUCUUUAGUAAACCGGUGAAGCUCUCUUUCGGAGCCCUAGCAGGAAUUAGUGGUUUCAUUAGGCAACAAUCACUCUCUAGUAGCAAUGGCAACCGAAAAGUAUUGCUGGUAGCGUACAAUGUCGAUGAAAUCAGUUAAACAAAAUGCUCCAGGGUUGCUGACUGAUAGUAGCAUGAUAAUGAAAGACUCUUAGAAUAAAUUUCUUUUCUGUUUGGAAAAAACUCAUGUUCUCGCUCGUUUACCAAUAUACCGUUUAACUUAGGUACAAGAGGAAUGCUAUCAGUAAACGGUGUUCGUUGCAGGCUGCAGUAAUUCCGUCAUGAAAUUUUCGUUUUCAGAGCUAAGCUCUUUCUGAGAGAUCGGCUAAGUUUUCUACUGGUGAUUCUUAUGUAUAAGCAAAUUAUCUGAUGAGAGGAAUUUUGUGGUCGAAUCUUAGUCAUAUUUAAGUGUGAGUAGAAAAAUCUUAGAGUCCAGGAAAUAUUGUUUGACUGAUCUUUGGUUCUUGUCCCUUCAACAGGAUUUAGUUGAUCGUUUUAUCAUGAUUGACUCGGAGGAGAAGUUCCAUUCACUUUUCAACUUUGAACAGUCUCACCACUUUGGUCUAAGGUACGUCACUGAACAUCUGGCCCUGGUUGUUCGAAGGUUGUAAAACGCUAUCCACUGGAUAAAUUUCUAUCCGGUGGAUAACGCUAUAUGUUUAGCUAUCACUUAUCCGCCGGAUAGCGAUUUAUCCGUUGGAUAGCGUUGUCCACCUUUUAUGCAACUGGGCCCUGAACAUUAGCUUAUUUACAGUAAACAAUCACAAAAGAGGCUAGAAGAAACGAAUACGGGACAUGGAAGAUUACACAUAGCGACACUUUAAACAGUUUGUGAAGGGCAAAAUUAAAAGUUUUUGCCCCAGCAAAUCGUUCAAAAUGCAGGAUUUCGUGAAAUACACUGCUUCUUGUACAUCUCAACUUUUUGGUCUCUUUUUCCUCAGAGUUCUUAGUGUGCUGUGUUCCUGCUUGGACACAUUCCUCUUUUUUGAAUGCCGCUACAGAUUUCAAGAAUUACUGCUGCAAUCUCAGCUGGACAUUAGAUUUGACAACGGGUAAGGCAUUUAAAUAUAUAUAUAUUUUUUAUCAUUAGAAAAAGUAGAAAAGAUAGCUUGAUAUUCUUCGAUUCCAAUUUCUGUCACUUGACCAACCAAUGUGUUCUCUUGUCGUUACUAACCGAUCAAAGAUUUAAAUUGAACUUCGUGACUGAUACAAAUAAAAACAUUUUCACCAACCUAGUCAGAAAUAUCUUCUUUUGUUGUCGUUGUCUUCUUAUUGUUUGCAUAAGGAAGCAAAUUCACUUUUCUCGUCGGUGAAAUAAGUUACACGCGAAUUAUCAACCAAAGUCUGAAAAGGUCAGAAUUCAGACUUACUUAGGGUUAGGUUAUCAUCAAACCUUGUUUUUGAAACUGACACAGGUUUUGGCGGUGAAUAUUGCAUAAGGUAGUUUAAAGUCUGUUGCAUUCCUUGUUGCAGUGAUCGAGUUAAUAAGCUGUCUAAGAAUGAAUUUAAAGUUUCCUUCCGUGAAAUUGUAGGAAAGACUACAUUAUCGACAUGUGUUCUUUGGAGAGGAACCAUAUCUUGGUCAAGACCUAUCAUGUUGGGGGCACAUCUGAGAGGAUCAUUCCAGGCAGGACCUUAACUGAGGUAACCCAAAAGGUUCUCUUUGGGUGUAAGGCCGUAGCAUUUUUUAUAGCAUGUUUACGGCACUUUCGUUUUGUCUAGUUUACGUGUAGGGGUCUCCUGAAGAAAAAUUUACUCGAAACAUGUUACAGAUUGGCUUUAUUUCCUCCUUAGAAUGUGGAUAAUCCUUACCCUUGGCCUUUAUUUUCGUCUUAUCCUCCGCCAAAAGACUAUCUUCCAGGUGAACAGCAUGCCAAGAUUACAGCAUUUGAAGAAGGUGAGGGAUAUCAGCCCAUCGUGUUACUCUUCCUUAUGAACUGAAUUCGGGUUAGGUCACGUAAAAAACGCGUUUUUUAUGAGACCCGGCCCAAUCCUCGCUCGGUUUUUUCCCUUCUCUGCUACUUUGCUUCCGUUCGUUAUUGUGCUUCGUUUCACUACUUGAACGCCUUGAACAGGCUUGUUGUAGGAUUGAAUUUAAAUAACUGAUAUGAAACGUUAACUUUACAAUGUUUAAUUUCUUCCGCAUUUUAUGAGGAAGUCUAUCAGUAAGCAAUAUACUAAAAAUCACUUCAUUUAUUUGAGUAAGUUGUACAUAGUGCAUUGUCCGUGGACUAUUGGAGGUCCUCUGUGGCCUGAGAGAUUUCCGAGUUACAAUUUGUAUUUUUAUUUAUAGACAACUUAUAUAAAACUAUUUGAAGAACAUAAUGAGAAUAUUUAAAUAUGUUGCCAUCAAGAUUUGCGUGAAAAGCCAUAAUGAUUUCUUUCGGGACUGUUCCCAAUACUUUUUGUCAAUUAUAGGUGAUACGCUGUUAGAAUUUCUGGAAGGCAGUGAACUUAUGUCAGCAGACAGGUAUCUGAACCGCCUUCGUAAAAAAAAAUCAUUUGUUGAUUUAAUUGGGUGGAGUUAAAUCGAGAGAUUUUGCUUACAGGGGGAGGGGAGGAUGAGAAGCCAGGGUCUUUCAGAUCGAAUAUUGACGCCCAGCGUGGUACAUUCAAAACAGUAAUUGAAAGUAUGCUAAACAUUUGUCAAGUUUUCAGCGGUUAAACUCGCUCGCCUCUGAUCCAUUUCUCACCCUAACCGAGCGUAGAAACAGAUUUCUCCCUAAGGCCACCAAAAGGAUCGCAUUUUCCUUUCGCCCUUUCCUAACAGACGACUUAGAAAAUCGCUGUUAUUCGUUGCUUAUGUGUUGAAUCCUUUUUCCUUCUGUAGUUUCUCUUGGCUCCAGGAUUGUCGUAAGACGUUUUGUCAGUCCGUAACGUCUGGAAAAACCAAAGCGAAGGGAAAAGGUCAGAUCCAAUUAUUUAAGUUCUUGUCUGUGUUGUUGGAAAGCUCGUGUGAUAUUGAUUUUAUUUUUCGUAUUACAAUUUUUUCUUAUUGCAAAACUCCUAAUCCUCAACUUAAGCGAGUUAGUGAAUACAUUUCAUCAGGGAUGAUUUCUACAGCUCUGAUAGAUAGCAAUUAGAUGACAGUGUAUACAAUGAAUACUUCUGUUGUUCAACAGUUUUGAAAUUGCUACUUGACAAGGUUUGCACAGCUUUGACCAACGUACCCGAGGAAGCCAUCUUUCCUUUGAUUGACUUUUCAGGUAAUAGCAUUGGAACAGUAGAUGCAUUUUGAUUGUUUUUCAUCUCCAUCUCUUAAUCUCACGGGUCAUAUUUGAUUUUCAUGUUAUUUUCAUGUUAGCCAGUGAAAGCAGUCUGAAGAAUGUCGAACUAACAGACAUAGAGAGCUUAGGAACGAAAGUAGCAGUGCGGUACGGUGUUCAGCUGAAGUUACUCCAGUCCACCACGGACGGUGUGGAAGAUCUGACUUAUCUUCUGAAGUACUGCAAGUUCUUUUUACAAGGACAGCAGCGCACCACAGAAAGCACAUUACGUAUCCUUGUCUUAACCGUUCCUCAUUUGCAAUCCAUGUCAAUUUUGUCAAUCCUCAGCGUUCCAUGUCCCUUGCUGUUGUGUUGUUGCCUCUCAGCACCCAAAGGAAAUCAAAUAACUGCAAGGUAGCGGCGCAGAGUAGUAGGCCCUCGCAUCAAAAUCGACAGCAUAGAGAUUAUGUAAAUGUUCAGUAUUUUCCAACAUAUUUAUUGUGUCCGCUCAAUAAAUGUCUGCUUUAAGCGGGAUGUAAAGUUUAGGAGUUUACAUACAAGUUCAAAAGGAGCUUUUUUUAAGCCUAUUCGCUUGCAAUUGUAAGAAAGUUUCAAAGUUUGUUUGUAUAUAGCGGUCGAAUCAUUGUUUUGAGCCUGAAGUGAACUAAUAUUACACAUAAUGAGGUCGCUGACGUGAUUCAAACAACAUUAUUGCGUGACAUUUUCUUGACUCGCUCCCUUUCCUGAUGAAAGGCACUCUGAGUGGUGAGUAUGUCGGUCACGACUGGUUUGUGUCCACCAUUUUUCUGAUGAUGUACGGUGACCCGGAUCUGGCCUGGGAAUUCCUCUUCAAAUUCUCCAGUCUCGUUAGUUCAGGUUAUCUUUGGAUUCGCAGACUGCAUGCCUCGGUAAGAUAUCACUUACUGUUGGGUCUUCAUUACUCUAGCCCUAUGCCAUUUGCUUGAGAUCAGAUUUAUUGAUCAUAUGAUAGUGUAUUGAAAGCCCAUAUUCGGAACAGACUUGUAUAGCUGAUUAAGCCUACCCUAGAAAGGGGUUCUACUUCUCAAGGGUGGUUUGUUAAUCCAUCACUGGUUUCCUCCACUAUCCCCUCCUUUCUUGGCAUUUGGCUCGAUUCUCCUGGCUUUUCGCUAAUACCAUCUUAUACUCUGGGGUUGAGUGUCAUGCCACCAUGAGGUUACCCGGUUGGUACCCACCCGUAGUUUGGUUGUAGAAAGGUAAUGUUAGGGUAAAAGUCUUGUCUCCUUGAACACAAUACAGUGUUUCUAGGCAGGGCACUAACCUGGAUGUUUCGAUCCACAUUCCUUCGCUUUAACCAUCAUGCUACCGCCUGUUGCACAUUCUGCGGUUUUGUUCGAGGUCUUGGUAUGCGAUUAGAGUCACAUGAUGAUGCACGCAGUGUUGCAAGGCGUAAAGCACAGGUUUUGUUGAGUUUUUCUCUAACUUCUCGAUAGCCAAUUUGACUUAAGCUUGUGAUUCCUAUAUUAUUUCACCGUAGGUGCAUUUACCGAUGUCACUUACAGUCAGCGGUAUUCCUCCACUCUAUUCAUGCACUUGUCAUAACGUGGAGCUUAUCCUAAUGGUAUGUGCGUUUGUUUUUUUUAUUUUAACUGGCCUAGAUACUUAGAUCUAUCAAUUUAUAUUGCUCGAUAAAGUGCAGAUAUCAAAUGUAAGUAGUGCUCGCAGCCUUUUCUUUUCGAGCGCCUUUCGAUGGAGAGUAGUAAAAAUUUAAAACUGAAGUAAGCGAUGCAGAGCACCAAAAUUAUCACAGGAAACCUAUGAGAUCUCAAAGGUGUAAAAACAAGAAAACUGCUCACAGCCAGCGCGGGAAAAGCGUGAGUGACUGAGUGGCAAUUGGUUUUGUUUUACCAUCUGAUUGGUUAAGAGGAGUUCGUGAGAUUAUCUCGACCAAUCACAAAGAGAAGUAAGCCAAAACUAAAGCAACCCUGGAUUACUCGACACUCAAAUGGAAGUUGCCUUAGUUGACAGAGUUGCUUGCUUCGACCAAUUUCUCUUUUGUUCAUUCCUCUUCAGGCCGAGGUGCCUUUGGUGUAUUCUGCCUUUCGAAUGUCUGGUUACACACCAUCACAGGUGAGUUACGACGUCUAUGCACUUCGGAAAAAACAUACGGCAAUCUAUGUGUGCACUCACCUCUGUCCCUCUCCAACGGUUAGGAACAACAUUUUAGCUUCAAACUAGUUAAAUGGUCAAAACAGUUGUAAAAUAGUUUGGACCUCUCUGUGCUUGUACUGCUUUUGACAACCUCGAGCUGAAUGCAUUUCCCCGUCAGUCUCUCACUUACUCAGUCAUGAGUGCAUGCUAUUAACUUGUGGGUUUUUAUUGAUUGUAUUUUUUGUCACAAGAUCUGCCAACACUGGUUGCGGCAAUGUUUUUGGAAUUACCUCGACUGGGAGGAGAUCUGUUUGUAUAUCUGUACCUGUCUUACUAUGGGCAUAGACUAUCAGGUAAAACACAAGUGUUUCCGUUAACUCCCAGGAUGUGAUUACUCAUUCUCUCUAUCAGUGGCUAUAUAUUCCCCCUGGCAAAAUAGUGGUGAAAAUCAAGCGUUUUAUCAAGGUAACAGCCUUAAUCAGACGGGCCUGAUGAGUUUUUUGUAUUCUCAAUUCUCGCUUGCUGUAUACGUCAUCGAUGAGAAACUGCAUCAUAAUCAGUUUUUGGACAGAGUUAAGCUUAUUAUGCUCAACCCAAGCAAGUGACGUAAAUUAUCUAUGAGUGCACAGUAAUUAACGCAUGUGUAGCACAGGAGAACCACUUUGCCUCAUACGUGAAAUAAAAGUUCGAACGUCAUGAUAUUUCCAAGCUUGUAUAAUACCUCGCAGAAACAGAUAGAAAUGAAUCUUUAGAAUUUUUUCCCACUGAUACCUUUGGCGAACCACUAAGUACCUGACACUAAAGGGAAAGGAGAGAAUGGAAGGCAUGCGUACUACCGUUGUAAAAUUGUAGGGUUAUUUUUCUUUUUGGUCUCCAUAAUUGUGUUUAACUGGACUCUUGGCUAUUUAUUACCGAUUUUGGGAUGUUGUAAAUUAUCACGUGUUGCGCCAUCGGGCAGAAUGCGUGGACAUCAUUGAUUAUUCAUAACCGAUAAAGCGGCAAAUUUGAACGCGACCUCGCUUUGAAGAGCCCUAAAUUAGAGAAGAAAAGGCCAAAAGUGGGUCACUAGGCUUCGUAAAACUCACCUUUCUGAGUUUAAGAAAAGUUUGCUUCUAAAUCAACGCACGGCUUUUUGAAGAUUAAAGAUGUAUCUACAAUUUGCCCCUAAAAUGAACGAUUUUUAUGAAGUAGAAGCAUUAUCCUUUUGCACUUGAAAAUGCUCAAACUUUGGCCAUCUUUAGUCUGAGAGUCAUGUUCAAGAGCGAUUUUCUGAAAACCCAUAUUACUCACGACAAAUCAACGCAUGGAAAAUGGCAGAUCAAUUUCUUCGCUAACAGAAUCCGUUUUAAUUUUGAAAAUUGGCCGACGGGAGCCUUUAUCCUAUUCAAUUUAGAAAAUUAUAGUCGCAGUUACGUUCAAAAAUGGUGCGUUUUGAGCGAGCGAGCGAGCCAUUGUCUUCAGCCCACCAUGAAUAACGAUACAGGUCAAACUAAACAAUGCCCAUUGUUGAAGCCCUUUUACUGGUAAAAUUAUUCACAAUUUCCACAAAUUUUAAAACUGCUACGUGCAUCAGCUGUCAAACCUUCGCUUUACAGACUUAAUUAAAUCAUGACGGUGUCAUCGACCAGCACGCUGUUAGAGAUCGGAGCUCUUUUCAGACCUCACUAAAUCCCUUAUCGCCCUGCAAUCUGUAUGCGAUCGGUAGCUGAUGAUCAGUUUCAGUCCAGGGAUAGCACGAGCAUAAAAAGCUCGAUAGAAACUGCGAUCCUACAAAAUAGCGCAUUUGUUCGUAUGCUUAUCUUCGUUCGCUUUUUCUUUCAUCGAUUCGAAAAAACUUACGUUAGAGCGAUUCAGAAACUUUAUUUGUACUUCAUUCACGAUAAAAUUAAUUUUAAGAUGAGACAGUCGAUUCCCAAGCAGGAAAUGAUAGAAAACACCCGCUGUUUAUCAAACUGUCGUAGACUUGGUAUGAAGCGAAUGUAUGUAUAUUAAGAGGGCUUCUUAGUGAAAAAAGAGACAAAUAUCAGCUCGAUGCAAAGAUGAAAACCAAGUUUCUGCGACGUUCAGAUAGACCGCCCAUUGUUUUAAGUAAUCUCUUUGGACAGAGAGCGGUUGAUUUUAUGAUUACUCCUUGUGAAAGAAGAGAAAUAAGCUUUUUCAAUGCAUGACACUCAAUCCCUCGCCUUUGAUUUAAUUUGUUUCUUAUCUGUUCAAGGUGUAUUAUUGCAUCGCGAUCCUGCGCCAUUUGCAACAGGACAUUUUGCGAAAGACACAACAGAAACAACUUUUGAUUUUCCUGAAGGUGAGUUCAAGCCGUGUUCGACCGGUUCUUUGCAACAUUUGUAGCUUAUUUCCGUCUGGUUCAAACGUUGGAUUGUUAUUUAUCUAAAGGCUAGCUCUAUUAUCCUUUUAAAAACCAGUACUUUUACAUUUUUGUGAUUAAAAUAUGAGUAGAACUGUUCAACAGUCCAGGGAUGCAACAGAACGCGGGCUGAAAGAUACAUUCAUCUUGGCGGUACUCGACAUUCUAGCUUGUUCGUAGUUACGAUGGCUUACCAAGAAGCUAGGAUGCAACAGCAGGUUUUAAAGCACUAAAGAGAUUCAUACACUAUCAUAUAUAGAUUUAGGAAUCUUUGUAAUGCACAAACCUUGGAAUAAGGCACACCUCCCAAAGCCAGACAUUGAGCUCUCAUAGGUAGUAUGGUGUGGCAACCAUUAAACCUAAAGCUAAAGACUAACUUAACGUAGCUGAAAGUUUUUUUUUUAAUUUAUUUUUUUAAGGAAAAUCCAAUAGGUAAUUUCAAAGUUGCUGACCAACUGACGUUCAUGCAGGAAUUAGAGGCAAGAUAUCGUCCAACCAUCCUGUGCGAUCUUCAGAACAUCACCAAACCAUGACGUUGCUCGCUUUAUGUAGUUCUCUGCAAGUUGAAAACGAGAUCUUUGAAUUUCAAUCAGCAGCGAGAGAGUAUUCUAAUUUUAUAAAAUUUCCUGCAAAUUGUCGAGCCUUAAAUGAAAGACUGGGAAUGACAAAACAUGCGCAGCACGUGCACAGAAUCGUUUGCGGGAAGUCGAGUCUCUCUGGAAACAUCUUGACUAUUCGGGUAGAUUUUUACGUCAUGCACUGCCCCAGUUUUCUUGGUCCGAGCCCGAGUGUUUCGAAAUUGAACUAUUCACACUCGCUAUUGAUGCACUGGAGCUAAAUGAUUUUAAACUUUUGUUUAGAAAGGUCUUCUGAAACGGAAUUAUUUGUGGUAGAAAGAGUAACAUGGCCACAAUCACUUUUUAGAAAUAUUUAGAUAAGAUAAGAAUGUAUUUAGUUUGUCCAAUUUAAGAGAAAUUCCAAGUACAAGUAAACAAAAUACCCCAAAGGACUGUUAAAGCCUGGUGGAGGUGUUUUUAUUGCAUUUCUACUUUUAUUGUUAUAUAAAAUCAUGUUUGUAUAUAAAUGUAUACUAUACAAUUAAUUUAGUUAAUUUAUUAUUUAAAUAUUUGUAUUUAAAGUUGUAUAGUGCUCGUCCAUACAAAUAUUCUGCUGGCUAUCAUAGCAGAGGAACAUUUGAAACGUUCAAUGAAAACCUUUUUUUCUAAAAACAGUAUAAUUAUUGUUGCUGCUACAAAUAUGACGCUGUAUAGAAGGAAAAUAAAGAAGUCGGAAACAGGAUAAUUAGUAUUGACUUAAGCUAAUGUUGACGAAAUGAUUAUUAAAUAUC